AUGGAGAGGCUUAAGUCUAACAGAGGGGAGCACAUUAACCCUGCUUAUGAUGCCACUCUGGAUGAACCUCCUGUCUAUGAGGAGACCAACUUCUCUAACGGGGAGCACCGACCGGUCCGGCCCUCGGUGGUCAGUGCCUUUGGUCAUGACACUUUGGACCGAGUGCCCAACAUUGACUUCUAUCGCAAUGCAGGCAGUAUGAGUGGUCACCGGGCUGUGCGACCAUCCCUGCAGGAGCUUCACGAUGUGUUUCAGAAGAAUGGAGCGAUCUCUGUGCCAGGCACUGUGGAGGACGAUGGCAAUGGGAGUGACGGGACCCCCUCUGAUGAUCUGGAGUCUGCCGUUCCCACUGACGACGAAGGAGGAGUAAAGUUUGGCUGGAUAAGGGGCGUCCUGGUGAGAUGCAUGCUGAACAUCUGGGGUGUCAUGUUGUUCAUCCGUCUGUCCUGGGUUUUUGGCCAGGCAGGCUGGGGUCUGGGAAUUGUGGUUAUUGCUCUCAGCUGUGUGGUCACCACCAUCACUGGCCUUUCUAUGUCAGCCAUUUGUACUAAUGGUGUGGUCAGAGGAGGAGGAGCCUACUACUUGAUAUCUCGCAGUUUGGGACCAGAGUUUGGCGGGUCGAUUGGUCUAAUUUUUGCCUUUGCCAAUGCUGUGGCUGUAGCCAUGUAUGUGGUGGGAUUUGCUGAGACGGUAGUUGACUUGCUCAAGGAUAACGAAGCCAUCAUGGUGGAUGAAAUCAAUGACAUCAGAAUCGUUGGAUGUAUUACUGUGGUGUUGCUGUUGGCCUUAUCGGUUGCUGGAAUGGAAUGGGAGGCCAAGGCACAGAUUCUUCUACUCGUUGUCUUGCUGGUGGCCAUAGUGAAUGUAUUUGUAGGAACUGUCAUCCCUGCCACCACUGAUAAGAAAUCCAAAGGCUUCUUUAAUUAUGACUCGAAAAUCUUCUUAGAGAAUUUCACGCCAAGUUUUACAGAGAAUGAGAAUUUUUUUUCAGUGUUCUCCAUCUUUUUCCCUGCUGCAACCGGGAUCCUGGCUGGAGCCAACAUCUCUGGCGACUUGCGGGAUCCCCAGGCAGCCAUACCUAAAGGUACCUUGCUGGCCAUCCUGAUAACUGGUAUCACCUAUUUGGGUGUGGGUAUCUGUGUCUCUGCCACUGUUGUCCGUGAAGCCACAGGAAACAUAAACGACACCAUGACUGCCGGAGUAUCAUGCAAUGGUUCAGCAGUAGCUGCUUGUCAGCUCGGCUGGAAUUUCUCUUCCUGCACAGAGAAAAAAUGUGAUUUUGGCUCGCUGAACAACAAUCAGGUGAUGACCAUGGUGUCUGGGUUUGGUCCCCUCAUCAUUGCUGGAACGUUCUCAGCCACCCUUUCAUCAGCUCUGGCUUCCCUUGUCAGUGCUCCCAAAGUCUUCCAGGCACUGUGUAAAGACAACAUCUACAAGAUCCUGCACUUCUUUGCCAAGGGAUAUGGCAAGAACAACGAGCCAAUUCGUGGCUAUGUCCUCACAUUCAUUAUUUCUGUGGCCUUCAUUCUCGUUGGUAAUCUUAACACCAUCGCUCCUAUCAUCUCAAACUUCUUUCUGGCAUCUUAUGCUCUCGUCAAUUUCUCCUGCUUCCAUGCCUCUUACGCCAAGUCUCCAGGAUGGAGACCAGCAUAUAAAUACUACAACAUGUGGCUAUCCCUGUUGGGCGCAUUGCUCUGCUGUGUUGUUAUGUUUGUUAUCAACUGGUGGGCUGCUCUAAUCACAUACGGCAUUGAAAUCCUACUCUACAUUUAUGUCAAAGUCAAGAAGCCAGAUGUGAACUGGGGUUCAUCCACGCAGGCGGUGACAUUUGUGAGUGCAGUCAACAACGCUCUGUCUCUGUCUGGUGUAGAGGAUCAUGUCAAGAACUUCAGGCCUCAGAUCUUAGCACUAUCAGGUUCAGCACGGGCCAGACCAGCUCUCCUGGACCUGGCUCACUCCCUUUCUAAGAACUAUGGACUCUGUCUCACCUGUGAAGUGUUUGUGGGCCCGAGGUCAGAGGCCCUCGAAGAGAUGAAUGCCGCUAUGGAGAAGAACCAGCUGUGGCUUAGGAAGACCAAACGUAAGGCGUUUUAUGCUGCUGUGGCCUGUGACAGCUUCAGGGAAGGGACUAAGAGCCUGCUGCAGGCUUCUGGUCUCGGCCGUAUGAGGCCUAACACAUUAAUGGUAGGCUUCCAGAAAAACUGGAGGACUGCGAGCACAGAGGCAGUGCAGAGUUAUGUGGGAAUGCUGCAUGAUGCGUUUGACUUUGAGUAUGGGACAGUGAUGCUAAGGAUGGACCAGGGACUUGAUGUGUCGCACAUUAUCGAGGCAGAAGAGGAGAUGCUAAAGGCAGCAAAGGAGCAACAGGCACUGGACAAUGAGAUGAUGUCGAACGGAGGGAAAGCAAAAGGACUGUUCAGGAAGUCCAGGAAAUCCUCUCAGCAAGUGCUCACGACGAGAGUGUCAGUGUGCGGCCCUCCGCCCCCGCAGGUUGCCAAGAUGAAUGAGAGGCUGUUGGAGGCCAGUGCUCAGUUCCAUAAGAAACAGCCUAAAGGCACCAUUGAUGUGUGGUGGCUGUUUGAUGAUGGAGGUCUGACCCUGCUGCUCCCAUACAUCCUCACUACCAGGAAGAAGUGGAAAGACAGUAAAUUAAGGAUCUUCAUAGCAGGGCAACCUGGGCGCUGUGAGCUGGAUAAACAGGAGAUGAAGUCUCUGUUGCACAAAUUCCGAAUUACCUGCACUGACAUCAAUGUCAUUGAUGACAUCCAUGUCCAACCCAGGGCUGACAGCUUGAAGAAGUUAGAGGAGAUGAUCAAGCCUUUCUGUCUGCAUGAGGGGUCCAAAGACACUGUUCAGGCUGAGGCCAUGCGGAAAGAGCAGCCCUGGAGAAUCACUGACGAAGAGCUGAGCACCUUUGAGGAGAAGACCAACCUCCAGGUACGGUUGAAUGAGGUGCUUCAGGAAAACUCUAAAUCAGCCAAUCUGAUCGUUGUGAGCAUGCCAAUUGCUCGUAAGGAAUCUGUCUCUGAUUUCCUCUACAUGGCCUGGCUGGACAUUCUGACAAAGGACCUUCCACCCACCCUCCUCAUUAGAGGAAACCAUAAGAGUGUGCUUACUUUCUACUCCUGAGCAAUUUUACAGGCUAUAGGUAACUAUAAAGGAAAUAAAUGGAAGCAGGCUACCAUAAUGAUGGCUCAGUGUAAAGCAUACC